ACCAUAUCUGAGGCUCGGUCACGGAUCUGGCCUUGGUUCCAACGUUGCCGCAUUGCCUUGCGCCGGACUCUGAACACGCUUCACCCACGUGGCAACGAAGAUUCAUGGUCACGGCCAAGUUAGCGUUGCAAUCCCCUCACCGAGAUCGACAGCAUUGCAGACUGCGAGACUCGCGAGAAGAAUAAAAAAUGCACCCGCAGCAUGUCCUUCCCCAGCCACCGCAGCCGAGGUGACAACGGCUCCUCCCUCCCAGCCACGGCACCAUCACCAAGUCCACUCUCCCCUCCGCCAUCGGAUGAGGACACGCUCGGUCUCAACCUUGGCGCUGGCACCCUCUACCCAGGCCUCCUCCCCGCCAUCCCAGACAACACCCCGCUCCCGGAGAAGGCCCCCAGCAGCAACGCCGCAACCGGCGCCUCGGCCGCCGGCGUGCGCGCUCUCACCUCCCAGGCCGUCGCAUUUUACUUCCGCGCCCCGGUCAAGGCCUUCUUCCGGACGCGCGUCGACUACCUCGCCUACGUCCGCACCCUGCAGGAGCAGGAGCACGUGGCCGCACGGCAAUCGAACCACCUGCAGUCCUCCUCCGACCCAGUACGGUCUACCUCUCCUAUCCCACCCUCUUCCACCGGCAAGAUAACAACGAAAUCCUCCUCUACUAAAGCCCUCCUACUGCACUGGUUCCACUCCCGCCUGCGGUCCACCACCCCAGCCGUCCUAGCGUCCGCCGUCCGCCACCACGGCUGGCGCGUCGUGCCGGACCAGAUCCUGCCCCCCUUGCUGGCCAACGUCGGCGUCGGCGCCGUGCUCUACACGAGCUACCUGCAGGUCCUGGGGCGGCUGCACCCGGACAGCGCGCUCGCGAGCAAGCGCGUGUACCCGCCUCCCGCGCCGGCGCAGACGUUUGCGGCCGGGUUACUGGCGGGUGCAAUCCAGAGCGUCGUCGCGGCGCCGUUGGAUGCUGUGCAGGCUAGAUGGGAUGCUAGGAACGGGGUUGGCGUUGGGGCAGCAGGUGCGGGAGGAGGGGGAUUGACGGGGAGUGGGAACGCUGUUAGAGGUACUGGUAAUGGUAAUGGGAAUAGGGGAAGGCCGAUUAAGAGUGUGUGGGCAUUUAGUGCUGAGAAAAUGAAGGAGAUCGGGGUGAGGGGGAUCUUUGCCGGGUGGGGGCUGUCGUUUUUGAAGGAUAGUUUUGGGAAUGCGGUUUUCUUUAGCGUGUUUGAGUACCUCAAGGCGCAGGGCUAUUACAGUUUUGUGGCGUGGUAUUAUGGGUCGCUCAACGAAGACGCCGUCGUGCUGCUAUCCCGGAGGAGGCCGGGCCUUGGUGAUGGGGGCGGAGGGGAGGUAAUCGCGGAGGAGAAUCCCGGGAUGCCGACGAUCAUCCGGCCGCAUUAUGCCAUCGAGCCGGCUUUCCUGUUGCUCGCGGGCAUGGGCGCCUCGGUGAUGCAGCAGGUUGUGCUCCACCCGCUGUCGCACAUCCAGGCGGAGCAUUGGGAACGGCUUGAGUCGUUGGACGCCAAAGCGAGGAGGCUCAGGCGGGAGGUUGGGUUUGACGAAGCGCUGUCAAAGCCGCCAGCGAAAUACCGGAUGUUCAAAGCUUACCGCGAUGCUUACCGGGUCACCUGGGCGGAGUGUGUUGGUGAAGCCCAAGCGGCCGGCCUCAGCAUGCGCCAGUGGCUGUACCGGGGCUUCUGGUGGAACACCAUCCGCCAGGUGCCGAGCACCAGUGCCGGUCUGAUCAUCUUUGAGCUAGUUAGGCGUAAGUACGGUCUAGGAGGGGAGCAGGUGCGCAUCAACAGGGACGGGUACGAUAUCAUGUUGAAUUAGAUAGACGACGUUGGGAUAGACGUCGGUUAACCGUGGAGUUUUGACGCAGACAUGCAUAACACAAUCAGCAAUCAACAGU